AUGGGCUUCCACGAUAUCCCUCUGUUAUAUCUAAUCACCGUCCCAGCAGCGGGGUUAAGUGCGGUCAAUAUUUUAUUUUUUCCCGAUAUCUUGCCAGGAACACCGGUGUCGAAAUUGUUUAUCGGCAUCUCGCUGUUGAAUAGUGUGGUGUAUAUGAUAUGGAGUUUGUAUAUAUAUCCGAUUUUCUUUAGUCCGUUGAGGUUUUUGCCGCAGCCAAAGGGCGGCUACCCAAUAAUCAAACACGGCACCGCAGCAUUCCAAAGACCAGCCGGCCAGAGCUUCCUCAAUUUCAUCAAAACAAUACCAAAUGACGGGCUCAUACGUAUUCAAGGCUUCUUCCACCGCGAAGGUCUUUUGAUUUGCAGUCCGGAAGCCCUCGCUGAAGUACUGGUGCAUAAGAAUUAUGAUUUUGAGAAACCAGCUGAAGUGCGCAAUUUCCUCGUCAGGAUCCUGGGCAAGGGACUUAUUCUGACCGAGGGCGAUGAACAUAAAUUUCAACGCAAGCAUAUCACGCCCGCGUUCAGCUUUCGCCAUAUCAAAGAGUUGAUCCCCGUAUUUUGGAGCAGGGCGACGGCCAUGCGCGAUGGAAUGUUCGCUGAGAUGGCCGACAACCCAGAAGCUGACGGCCGAAAAGUCGUCGAGGUUAACCACUGGGCGAACAAAGUCACCUUAGACAUCAUCGGCGUCGCGGGUCUCGGACGGGAUUUCAAAUCGCUAACCGCAACCAACGAUCCGCUGGUGCAGAACUACGAAGAGAUUCUCGAGCCGACGACGGAGAAACUGGUUUAUUUCGUGUUUAACCUUGUCUUUGGACGGAGAUUCGUGAGUUGGUUGCCCUGGGGAUUGAAUCAGAGACUUGAUACCACGACGGGGAAUCUACGCGCGUUUUGUCUGGAUUUGGUGAGGGAGAAACGGGAGAAGAUGAAAAUUGAGGGCGAGGGGGAGAAGGAUAUUUUGGCGUUGCUGAUUAGGUCGAAUUGUUUUGGGGAUGAUACUUUGGUGGAUCAGUUGUUGACUUUUAUCGCUGCUGGCCACGAAACCACCUCCUCAGCACUAACCUGGUCCCUCUACCUCCUCGCCCAAAACCCCUCCCUCCAAACCGCUCUCCGCGCCGAACUCCGCAGCUCCCUCCCCUCCCCCUCCGCACCCCUCCCAGAUACCUUCGACCUCCCCACCACCCUCGAAUCCCUCCCCCUCCUCCACGCCACAACAAACGAAGUCCUCCGUCUCUACCCCUCCGUCCCCUCCACAAUCCGCCUCUCCAUACGCCCAACCUCCAUCCUCGACACCCCCGUCCCAGCAAACACCCGCAUUCAACUCUCGCCCUGGGCCAUCAACCGCUCGCCUUCCCUCUGGGGUCCCGACGCCGAGUCCUUCAAUCCUUACCGCUGGAUCGACGUGGAUGGAAAGGCGAAUAAUAUCGGGGGAGCGAGGGGUAAUAAUUUUUGUAACCUGACGUUUUUGCAUGGACCGCGGAGUUGUAUUGGCGAGAGGUUUGCGAGGAGUGAGUUGAAGGCGUUGCUGGCGGUUGUGGUGGGCGGGAUGGAGGUGCGGUUGGAGUAUGAGGGGCAGAAGGCGGUGCCGGCGGGGGUUAUUACGACGAAGCCGAGGGGGGGGAUGAGGUUGAGGUUGGGGAGGGUGGAGGGGUGGUAG